AUGAAGGACUACAGAAAACACGACCGGCAGCGCUCCACGGGCGUAUUUGAAGCUCAUGCUGAUGUUCAUGGCGCAGACGUUAAUCGCCCGAGGUGGCAACUCGACGUUCAGCAUUGCGACUACUCGGACUCGGACGACGACAUUGGGCACAUCAAAGACAGUCUAUACAGAAGAGAGCUUCCCUUUGUUCACGACACGGCCAUGGCGACCUGGGUGGGCCAGCCGGCCAUCAAGGGCAGCUCGGAGACAAUGCGCAUGAUGCUGUUGACUUGUGCAAGCAUUGGCAUAGCGUUCACUUGGGGAGUCGAGAUGACGUAUUGCACUCCUUAUAUGUUGUCUCUCGGGCUCACUAAGGGCCAGGCUUCGUUCGUGUGGCUCGCCGGCCCAAUCUCGGGCAUGAUCGUCCAGCCUGUUGUCGGCGUGAUCUCCGAUCAAUGGACGGGCAAAUGGGGCCGUCGGCGGCCAUUUAUCGUCGUCGGCAACAUCCUUGUCGUCGGCGCUCUGCUGACGCUGGGAUUCACCAGCGAAAUCGUCACUGCCGUCCUCGGGAACGAAGGGUUUACCCUCGGCCAGGGGACCACGGCUCCUAUACCACACCGGAAAAUCGUCAUCACGCUGGCUGUACUUGCGCUGUACGUGGUCGACUUUGCUAUCAAUGCGGCCAUGUCCUGCGUGCGCAGCCUCGUGGUCGAUACGCUGCCAAUCGAGAAGCAGCAGGAGGGCUCUGCGUGGUCUAGCCGGAUGGCCUCGUUUGGCCACCUGAUCGGCUACGGUGCUGGUGCGGUCGAUCUUGUCGCGGCUCUGGGGCCGACUCUGGGCGACACGCAGUUCAAGCAGCUCACCGUCAUUGCUGCGGCCAGCAUCGUCUGCACCUCGGCCGUCACCUGCUGGGCUGUCACCGAGCGGGCCAUGCUGCCUUCUCACGGCCACAGCCACGACAUGUCGGACAUGGGCGGGCUGAGCAGACUGAUCAAGGUGUUCCGGCAGAUCUGGUCGACGCUGCUGACACUGCCUCCGCGCAUGCAGGCGAUCUGCUGGGCUGUUUUCUGGGGCUGGAUCGGCUGGUUCCCAUUUAUGAUCUACAGCAGCACAUGGGUUGGCGAGACAUACUUUCGGUACGAUGUACCCACGGAUGCGAGGGUCACUAACGAUGCCCUUGGCGACAUGGGACGCAUCGGCAGCUACGCUCUGACGGCCUACUCCAGCGUCACGGUCUUGGCGGCGGCAGUUCUGCCGCUCUUGGUGCGGAGUCCGUUCGACGAGAACUUCACCCACCGUCCGCCAAAGAGUAUUGCGCGGUUUGCCGACUUUAUGGAGAAAUCGCGACCGGACCUACUCAAUGCCUGGACCUGUGGCCAUAUCGUCUUUGCCUUUGUCAUGUUCAUGACCCCGUUCGCCAUGAGCUUUCGGGUCGCCACCCUCCUCGUGUCGCUCUGUGGCAUUCCGUGGACCGUGGUCACGUGGGCGCCAGCAGCCUUUUUGGGCAUAGAGGUCAACAGGCUCACCAACAGCCGUGGCGGUGCUUCCCAUCGGCGGCUGCGCGACAGCGGAGACCUUGGCAAGCUGGAGCAUGGGCUGUCCAAGGCCAAAAGCACCGAGACAUCGUCGGGUGAGCUGAGCGGCAUCUACUUUGGCAUUCUCAACAUGUACACGACCGUUCCGCAGUUCCUGGGCAACAUGAUCAGCACGAUGGUGUUUGCCGUGCUGGAGCCCGGCAAGAGUCCGGAGCUGGCCAAGGAUGCGCAUCCGUCGGAGCACCACAGCACGGACGGGCCCAAUGCCAUUGCGGUGAUCUUCUUUAUCGGGGCCUUCUUUGCUCUUAUUUCGGCACGCGCCACGCGCCGGCUAAAGGUGGAGUGA